AUGACCAGUACAACUUUCACCAAUAUAACUAUAGUAACCCCCAGCACCAUGACUGUCAUUUCAACAUCAACUCCUUUGACAAACUCCACUGCUUCUGAAGUGACCUUCGAAACACAGGCAACCACACAUGAGUCUGCUAACACGACCAGCCUGAGUGCUGUAACACUGCCAGCCAGCACUGUUCUGAACAAUGAAACCUCAACUAUUCAGCGACCCAGCAACAUUGCUCCAAGUGCCAAUGCAACAUCUUACACCACAGCCAGUGGUGUGUCCACAAGCACCAUGCAGUCGAGCGGUGCCACAGUUUCCACUAUGCUGACAACCAUAAAGACCACCACCAAGGUGUCCAUUGCCACAGCAGCCCCGGCAUUAAACUUCAAUGUAACUUUCAGAAUUAUCAACAAGAACUUUAGCACCAGCCUGAAUGAUAAAACCUCUCCCGAAUUCAGGAACUUGCGUGAUGAAGUUAUUAAAGCCCUGGACGAUGCUUACAAUUGUUCUACAUGCUCACUCCGGUCAUUGUACAAGGGCUCAGAAGUUCAACAAUUCAGGCAAGGGUCAGUCAUCGCUGAAGCUAGAUCUUCCUUCAAGACGGACACCGAUAUAACCCAGGCAACAGUUAAGAGCCAGUUUGAUAAAGCCGUGAAGAAUAAUACAAUCAACAAUCUGCGGAUCAAAGAUUUACACGUGAAUGAGAUACAAUCCAUUGCCAGUACAACCACAACUCCUCAAGCUCCUGUUGUACCUGGAUGGGGCAUUGCUCUUCUGGUUCUUGUCUGCAUCAUCCUCCUGAUCAUCAUCAUCAUCUUCCUCCUCCUCAUUAUAAUCUACCUAUGUCGUCGCAGAAGCCGAGGGCAGUUCGAAUUGUUUGGCUCUCGAGGAUCAUACUACCCAAUGGCAGAUCGGAAUGAUUACCCGCAGUACACAACUCACAGCAGGUUCAUUGCACCUAAUGGAAAGCAGAAUCCCAACAAUCAGGUGUCCGGAAAUGGCACAAACGUGUACUCGUAUACCAAUCAUGCUGUAGAGUCGGACAACUUGUGAACAAAUCAGACGGGAGAUUUCAUGUGGAAAGCUGCCUCCAAUUCAUACUGACAGUGGGGCGGUUAUGAAACUUAAUUUUAAACCUAUUCUGUCAUUUUAAGAUAUUUUCAAGUAAACGUUUUUUUUCAGGGAAAAUGUUGGAUCUCCUCCACUGCCAAUAUUGACUGCAAGAACCACGAAAUAAAUGAGGGGACAUGUGGUGAACUUUACUGCACAAUUACAACUAAACGUCCAAUAUGUUUUUAGGGUAUAGGUCUAUUUUAUGAGCUUGGGUGGGAUAUGAUGGAAAGGCCUUUAGCAUUGCACACAAUAUGGUCAAAUGAGAAGUGGAAGGGCAACUUACUUCGAUUGGUAAGAAUAUUCAAAGUCUCGAACUGCAUUGUUCAGGAAUUAGUAUGGGGAAGGAGAAAGAAUGAUCCUGUGGGUUGUGGUGUGGCACAGGAAUCACUGAGAUCCAUGUGGAUUGCAGCAUAGAACAAGAAUUGCUGGGCUCUGUUUGGGAUUCAUUGUAGUUCAGAAUUUGUUGGGAUCUGUGUGGGCUGUGGUGUUGUACAGUUCCCUUACCGGUAGGACCAUUUAUUUUCCAAUCGUAUAAUCAUUGUUGAAAUUCUACAUUUUUACUGGUUUAAUGAAGUUUAAUUUGAGAAAAGCAUAUGCACAAAUUGACCGUGAGCAUACUGUUUUCAGGAUGAGGUAGAUUCUGAAGGUUUGGAUUGGUGACACAGGAUGAAAGGCAGCAACAGUUGCCAAACUGACUACAACUUUUCUACUGAGUCUGAAGUUGUGAUCUUGCAUCAAUUACUCACCUGUAUGGUACUAAUAGAUUAAUGCUAAUAUGCUGCUCAUUAUUGUCAGUGUAACUAAUUCUACUGCACAGGGCAAUUUUCAGAAAUUAACAUUGGUGUGGAUUAAAAUCUAGGUGUAUAAUUACCAUCCCUUAGAAACCGCUCAAGGUUUCAAAAGAAUCUAUUGUGGCUGCAGCAUAACCUAAAAUUCCAUCUAUGCACUCUUUGUGCUGCUGCAGUAAGAGGUACAGCAUUCAAAAACCUUUCAAGUCUCUUGAAUUUUGAUUUGGAGUUAACUUCUGAUUUAGCAUCAACCCCACAUGCAAAGUUCAUGGGCAGAUUAUUUUUCCUGUUACCCAAAUGUACAGGAAAGAAUGAUUCUUUUCAUAUCUACGUUCUGCUUAUCUUAUGAGUUAUUUACAACUUAACAAACUAUAUGUAAGUAUACAAACAAAUAUUUAUAGUCUAAUUUUCAUAUAGACAGUAAUUUCCAUGACAUGGAGGAGAAUCCCUCUGUCCCAUUGGGUGGAAUUUUCCAGCCCCGCCCACUGCCGGGAUUGGCACUUCAAGCCGAGAGUCAAUGGACUUUUGGUUGGGCCACCAAAUCUCCCAUGGCGGGUUCCCACUAUGGCAGGGCUGGAAAAUCCCAGCCCUUGUCUCUGCCCCUUCAUCAUUUGUGAGACUCCUUCAACCUCCGUUUGAACAAAGCUGUGUCUGAAAAUGCUACUGGGUGGGAUGCUAUCUGGUAAUCUUUCCUCCUUUGUCUCCACCAACAGUACCCAAUAAAUGGUUUAUUUGGAGGCAUGCAAACAAAUCUAAAGCUAUUAGCUUAGAAAAAUUAACCUCUCCACUGACUGCUUUCUCUCGCUCUUUCUCUCUCCUUAUGCUCUCAUUGCAUGUCCUCUGUGUCCUUUAAUUCCAAGUUGGACACUUUCUGUGUACUUUUCCUUACUCAUACCCCUUCAAUACUGAGUCACAGUCGCUGUGGAUACAACUUUGGUAACAAAGCUUACACUCUCAGUUUUGCUGUUGCAAUUACUCACAACUAUUGCAUGGUGUAAGCUUUCUUCAAGGAAACUGGGGUGAAGAGGUGUGAGAUAGAGCACCAAACCCAAAUAUUGAAUGCCAGGUGCCAAAUUUUGAGUAUUUGUGUAAAUUUGAAGCUUUAUUGCUGCCUCAAGGAUGAGUCAUUGAGCUCCGGAUUGACUGAAGUUUUCUCCACAGAGCCUUCUGUGGUCUGUAAAACCAGCUGCAUGAUGGAACUUUCACCGUUUGAUAGGGAAUUGUAGUUUCACAUAUGAGUAUGCGCAUGCAUAAGAUGCCUGUUCUCCAAUUUUUAAACAUAGCUUUAAAUCUUCGGUCACUUUUUCUGUCUGCGCUGUAUAUAUGUGAGAGGUUAGGGUUCUACAUGAGGAUGUGAGGAGGGUGUUUUCUGGUAUAGUAGCCUUCAUGCUCUGAGGGAUCAGAAGAUUUCUGGGUUUACUCAAUGACCCGAGAACAAUCUCUCUGCUGGAAAUAUGUGCUGCAAGGGCAAAUCUGACCGAGAAUGAGUAUGUAAGUAAAUGUGGCUCUCUAUUAAGUUUAACAGAUUUGUUUUCCAAUGCAUUGAUCAAUAUUUGAUUCAGCUGGAGAGCAGUUGUAGAGGUAGCUGAGGAUUAAAUAAUUGUUCUAGAUUGGUUAUGCCAGAGGAAAAAUUGAUUACUUUUCGCAUCUUCUGCCAACAGGUUGACUCAGGAAUUGCAGAAGUAUGUUCUCUAAUGUCUUGGUCAUUAUUUAUCCCUCAACCAAAGUCACUAAAUUAUCUCCUAUUAUCUUUAGCAACAUUCACAAAAUCUUCAAUCAGAAGGGAUAUUGAUUUUUAGACUCCUAAAGCUUCUAGCUUAAGGCCCUGGAAGCUAUGUAAUGUAUUUGGGUGUAGUAAAGCAAGGCAGAUUUAUCUAAACCAGGUCGUGAAGCUGCUGGUUAAGAACAAAGCUUGAUCAGAGAGACUUAAGAUGUUGUCACUGAGCCCUUUCAUAAAGGGACAGUGUUAACAAUGUGACUGCAGGGCUGGAAUAUAAACUGCAAUUAAGUUCUUGUUUGAAAUCUUUGCUUUUUUGUAAUCAUGAAACCAUUGUGCUGUAAUCUGAAACCUAUUUAUUAUACUUCCACUGCG